AUGGCUCGCAUCGGUUCCUUCCCGCUCCUAGCCCUCACUGUCGUCGCUGUAGUUUCCAACGCUUCAGCCAACGUGAUUGACGACACCGUUGACGCAGUCGGAGACGCCUACGACUCGACCGCUAGCUGGGUCAACGGAGCUGCCGACACCGUGAAAGACACAGCGGAAGACACCUACAACACAACCUCGAGCUGGGUCCGCGACGCCGCAGACACGGUAGGAGACACCACCAAAGACGCCUACGACACGGUCGCAAGCGCCACGGGCUCAAUCGUUGACGACGUAUCAUCGGCGCAGACCGCGGCGCUGACUGCCACAGCGCUUCUUGCUGCCGUUGGCCUCGCCGCGAACAUCCUAUAG